AUGUCCGCUGGAGCCGGGAGCCACUCAGGAGACAUGUCUGCUGAAGUGACGAUCACGGUGCGUCUCGUGCGCUCCUUCGAGUACCGGAACUUCAAACCCGUCGUGUUUCAGCACGUGCCCCCGGAGCUGCGCGUGGGGGACUUCAUCCAGCGCGUGCUCACCGAUAUUGAGACCAGACCAGGAUUACCACCUCCAUUUAGGAAGCAUCAGUAUGAUGCAAUGAAAAUAAUCCAUCAAGCACAUGGGGCUAAGACGAAUGACUUGGUGAUGAGUUUAGACGACCAGGACAAACCACUUCUGAAGGAAAGUGAAACGCUUAGAGAAGCUGGAAUCACCAAUGAGACCGAGCUGGCCUUCUUCAGGAAAGCAGACUAUGAGGCGUUCAAGGCGAACCCCCAGAUGGCCUGGUGA